AUGAACGGACUCGUGGAAGUUGUUGUAUUUGUUUCCGUCCUAGUUGCAGGACUUCUAGCGCGGAAGGCGGAAGGUGAGGACAAUUUCUUUGAACAUGCGGAACCAUCACAACACGUGAUGCACAUACGGAAGCUCUCCGAUAGCGAUAGAUUGAGGAUCGAAUUGGAACCGGUAUGGUUUCAUCUGGAGUCGACCGAAAAACACCUCCCGAGUGAGAGCCAGCAAGUCAAACGGCAGGCAGACAUGAGACGCCCUUUUCAGGUGUAUUCCAACAGGGAAGAAUUCUCGCGUAAUCAGCAAAGAAGGGACUCACGUACAGAGGACUCCACCAACGAUAACGCGGAGUCGUUCUUAAAAGAUUUCUGGCAGGUCGAUCGACCCAACAAAUCCACAUACAAACAAACGAAAAAAUCCACUUCAAUAGAGCAACAGCUGGAACACGUCAACUUGCCGAGUUGCUUCCGAACGUACUUGCACGAAAUGUAUGAUCGCAACAGCGAAAGCGUCCGCAAGUUGAUGCGCUGUUUGGCACAGCAGUCGGAUGAGAGUUGUCUGGCCGAAACUGAGCGCGCUCAGCACUUUCAGCCACCGUAUUUCGACAGUCAAGAGGACGGCUAUUACACCAAGGAUAAGCGCGUUCGGAGGAUGCCCGAACGGAAGCGAAAAUACAACGAACCGGAUGACAUGUCGCAGGAAGACCCGUCGGACGAAGAGUUAAAGUUUGAGCAGCUGUUUAUCCGCUCGGACAGCGACAGUGGUGGGCAGAUUUUUGAACCACUGCAGGAAAACAACGCUUCAGAGAGUGAUGACAGUGACGAAAGCUCUGCAUCAAGUAAUACGCGAAAGUACAAUGCUGACACUAAGUCUCGCGGCUCUGAGUCGCAUGAAUCGGACCAACGUUUGUAUACGCAUGAUGGUCGGUUGCGACCGGUUGCCUACAGAAGAUUGCCCCAAAAGUACAACACACGAAGCCGAACGCAAUCAAGCUCGGACGAAUCGGGACAAAACAGCAGCGGCGAGGAGGGUGAGGAAUCUUACGAACAUUAUUGA